UGCACUAGAGGAAGUUGCGAAACGAGUCAUCAUCCUGAAUACAGGGGAGUAUCCAAUCAAUUUUUCUAAUUUUUCGUCAUUUUUUAAGAUAAUAAGGGUCGUUGCCUGGAUGCUGCGUUUUUGUCAUAACCCGAAGUCACAUCAUCGCCGAAGUGGAGAGUUGAGGUCUGAUGAACUUGCAGCCGCUGAAAAUAAAAUAAUUCGUCGCGUUCAGUUCGAGUCAUUUGCAGAUGAAAUCCAAGCCAUUAAGCACAAGGGUUGUCUGCCGAAGUCGAGCUCUCUAUAUCAGCUAACGCCCUUUGUAGACGUCGAUGGUUUGCUGAAGGUAAACGGGAGAAUUGACGCUGCUUAUUGCCUGCCGAUUACAGCCAGACGCCCGGUUAUUCUGCCACAGAACCACUACGUGACACGUCUCGUUGCGAAGAAAUAUCACUGCCAGCUUCACCACCAGAACGACAGUCUCACAAUCAACGAAAUGCGACAAAGAUUUUGGGUGCCUCGUGCGCGUGCUCUGCUCAAGUCAGUCAAGAGGGAGUGUUCUACGUGCAUUCAUACCAACGCAAAGCCAGCAGUUCCGCUUAUGGGUCAGUUGCCGGUAGACCGUCUUACACCGUAUGUGCGCCCGUUCUCCUAUGCCGGAGUCGAUUAUUGCGGACCCUUUUUUGUGACUAUCGGCCGAAGAAGAGAAAAGCGUUGGGUUGGAUUGUUUACGUGCUUAACGACAAGGGCAGUGCACUUAGAAAUCGCUGCAGACCUCUCGACUGACUCAUUCAUCUUGUGUUUGCGCAAUUUCGUCAACCGUAGAGGAGUACCCGUGAGAAUUCGAAGCGAUAAUGGGACCAAUUUUGUGGGCGCCCAAAAGGAGCUUGAGGCCGGAGAACGUUUGUUUGAUUUCAACGCAAUACAGGGUGAGAUGGCACGACGCAACAUUGAAUGGCUCUUCAACUGCCCUGCGAAUCCGUCAGCCGGAGGCUGCUGGGAACGCCUUGUGCAAUGCACCAAACGACUGUUGCAAAGGGUGUUGCGUGAAGAAGCACCGCGAUUGGAGACAUUCCGCAGCGUCUUACUCGAAGCGGAAAACAUCAUCAACAGCCGCCCGCUGACUGAGUUAGCCGUAACACCGCAGGACGAAGAACCAUUGACGCCAAACCACUUUCUGUUGGGCUGCCUUAACUCCACGCAAACGCCUAACCCAGCAGAAGAAAAGGUAUGCCUUCGAAAACAGUGGCGCAUCGCACAAAACUUAA